AUGCUGUGGCAAGUCGAUUCAGAGAAAGGAAUGGUGAACAAGACGCCCAGGGUGUCUCGAAAAGUCCACAAGGGCAAGGUGCGAGAUGUAAAGUACAUCCCGGAAGUCAGAAAGCUGGCAACGAUCAGCAAGGAUGGCAAUCUGCGCAUAUGGGACCCGGAGCUGAAUGGCGUGCGGGCGUUGAAUCUGGAAGGCCCGGAUGGCACUGUACCAGACAUGGAGGGGGACGUCGUCUGCAUGGCUGUCCAGGAGAACGUACUGGCAGUGGGCUCUGGUGCCCAAGUGAGCCUGGUGGACGUUCGUGGCAAACAGCGAAUCCAUAACAUCAGGCUCUGUCAUGGAGACUACGGAGUGAGGUCCCUUGUCUUCCAGGAUGAUGUGCUCUCCCUUGGGACAAGCCGGGGAUGGCUAUCUUUCAUCAGCUUGCGGUGCAUGGACUUCUUGCCCCUCAAUCAUGGGGAUCUUCCCAAAGGCCGCAGUGCAUGGAAGUUGCACCACGAGGUUGGGAGCGGCUGGCUGGACGAAUAUGACAGGGAGUACUUCAGUGAAAUGCUGGCCACCAAUGCAGUGUAUGCCCACUGCUGGGACCCCUCCAGCGACUGCCUGUUCGCCUGCGGUGGCCCACUGGCGUUCGGUCUCGAUGGGUGCUACAUGGGAUUGUGGAGGUGA